AUGGCUUGUGUUGAUCCGCGCAAUAUCCCGGAGUCCUUCCUUCCACGGUCGGCGUCAAAAAAGAUGAUGAUUGAUGCUCUUGGGCUUCUAAGCGCCUAUGGUUUUAUUACUAUCCAACCUGGGAAUGGCUCCAUAACCCUACAUCGCCUGGUAUAUCUGGAAACUCGAAGCUGGAUGAAAAAGGAGGAACAAUUUCUAUCCUACAUAAGAAAAGCAUCAGACCGAUUGAACGAGAUCAUUGAUAAUGACCAUAUAAACCGACAGCUUUGGAGAGAAACAUGCCCCACGUCCUAUUCUUACUGGAGUGUGGAGACCUGCCUGGAUAGUGAUGGGAGGUACAAGGAAGCCGAAAAGCUGUUGUUGCAGGUGAUGGAGAUCCAGAAACAGGUGCUAAGGCCAGAACAUCCUGACACUCUGACCAGCAUGGCCAACCUUGCAUCAACAUAUUGGAAUCAAGGACGAUGGACGGAAACAGACGAGCUAGAGGUGCAGGCGAUGGAGGCCCGGAAACAGGUGCUAGGGCCAGAGCAUGCUGACACUUCCACCCUUGUUAUGUAA